GUGUAACCUUGAGUCAUUUUGCAGCCAUACAUGAUCAAUACCAAUGAUUACCACAAGAGCGACGAAAAUUGUAAGGACCUGUGUGGCUGUGUAAAUUUCUUCCAUGCUCCUGCGCCGUUUUGUGUCAGCUUCAACGUCGUUGCCGCCAACAAUCCGACAGCUACUGUCUUCCCUGCAACCGACUGGCCAGGUGACUAAAGUACAAUUGAGUGGUUGGAUCAAAUCUGUACGAAGACAGAAAAAUGUCACUUUCGCGGUGAUUAACGAUGGAAGUUGUGCUUCCGGCCUGCAAGCAGUCUUGAAGCCAGAUGCUACCCCACACAACUUAACCAAUGGCGCCAGUGUCCGCAUUUGUGGCAAUCUGGUCCAAAGUGUGGGUCGCGGACAAUCAUAUGAACUACAUGUCGAGGCGGUUGAUGUCUUGGGCGAAUGUAACCCAGAGGCCUACCCUAUCCAGAAGCAAGCCUUGCCCGUGGAAUUUUUAAGGGACAAUGCUCAUUUGAGAGCGCGAACGGAUACCAAUGCUGCUAUGCUGCGUCUACGUGAUUCCGUCCUCCGGAUGCUGCAUAGCUAUUAUGAGGCUCAAGACUUUCAUUACGUGCACACGCCCAUCCUGACUUCAAACGAUUGCGAGGGUGGUGGUGAAACGUUUCGUGUCUUGUCUACUUCUUCCGCCCCUUCUUCAAGGCAGUUGCCCGAUCCGAGUGCACAAGCCGAAUUCUUCUCCCAGCCAGCAUAUCUUACUGUGUCUUCGCAACUUCACCUGGAGGCCCUUGCUGCCUCCCUAUCUCGGGUUUACACGAUUUCUCCUUGCUUCCGAGCAGAACGUUCGCAGACGAAUCGGCACCUCGCUGAAUUCUGGAUGCUCGAAGCUGAAUUGGCAUUCAUUGACCACGUCGGGGACAUAUGCUAUGUGGUUGAGGAGUCUCUCAAAAAUGUCCUCCUUCAGUGUCGAUCAGAACACGCCCUCCUUUGGAAUGAUGGCGAUGAAGAAAAACUCAAAUCUCUGCAAGAUGCGUCGCGCCCAGAAAUCCCCUGGACACGCAUAUCAUACACUGAUGCUGUGAAAGAGUUGCAGAAAUACCAUGCUUCUUCUCGAGUUGGAUUCGGAUUCGAGCCUGCAUGGGGGAGAGCACUGCAAAGCGAGCAUGAGCGGUGGCUUUCGGAACGACUUGUCGGCGGCCCUGUGUUCGUCACAGAUUACCCAACCUCCUUAAAACCAUUCUAUAUGCGAGCUAAUGAUGAUGAACAGACUGUAGCGUGCUUUGAUCUUCUAGUUCCUUUCAUCGGCGAGCUCGUGGGUGGGUCGCUCAGAGAAGAGAGGACCUCUUAUUUGGUCGAGGCUAUACGGAGGCAUGGGCUUAGGGAGGAAGAAUACAGAUGGUACGUAGAUUUAAGGAAGUAUGGCAGUGCACCGCAUGGGGGUUAUGGGCUGGGGUUUGAACGACUGGUUAGCUGGAUGAGCGGUAUUGAAAAUGUGCGGGAGUGCAUCGCGAUGCCGAGGUGGGCAAAACGGAUGUUGUUGUAACAUAUACUCUUGUCGGACUCCUCUCGAUUUAGUGGCAAAGUUCCGAAUUGAUCUGCGCUUCGUUGCAAAGUCUUGUGAGCUACAGUUGAAAUGGUC